AUAACCGGUGAGUUACUCUAGCGGAAAGUUAGUGAACUGCAACCAGGUCAAGGGUCGUGUCCUUUCGUAAGACUUUACAGUUCCAAGAUGGCGGCUUUGAUCAGGACUGUCAGCCGGCUUUCCAGGACAAACAGAGGAUGGACCCGGGGCGUGGCCAGUCUUGCUGACCUACCAGAGACACACGACAUGCUGAGGAAAACGUGUCGGGACUUCGCCGACAACGAACUGAAGCCGAUCGCAGGAGACUUGGAUAAGGAGCACAGAUUCCCGACAGAACAGGUAAAGAUGAUGGGAGACUUAGGCCUGAUGGCCAUCGAUGUGCCAGACUCACAGGGAGGGACAGGGCUGGACUACCUGGCCUACGCUGUAGCGCUGGAGGAAAUCAGUAGGGGGUGUGCUUCCACAGGCUGCAUCAUGAGUGUCAACAAUUCCCUUUACCUAGGUCCUGUCAAAAACUGGUCCACAGAACAGCAGCAGGAGACCUUCAUGCAUGAAGACUUCCUCAAUGGCAGUAAAGUCGGCUGCUUCGCCCUGAGUGAACCCGGUAACGGCAGCGAUGCGGGGGCGGCCUCCACCGUAGCCAGACUGGAGGGUGACCACUGGGUCCUGAACGGUACCAAGGCCUGGAUCACCAACAGUUACGAAGCCUCGGCCACAGUCGUGUUCGCCACCACUGACAAGGGCCUGAAACACAAGGGCAUCAGUGCAUUCCUGGUUCCCAUGCCGACAGAAGGACUGACUCUGGGUAAGAAGGAGGACAAACUGGGCAUCCGUGCCACCAGCACAGCGUACCUCAUCUUUGAAGACUGCAAGAUUCCAAAAGAAAAUCUCCUGGGGCAGCCAGGGAUGGGCUUCAAAAUCGCCAUGCAAACCCUGGAUGCAGGUAGGAUUGGUAUCGCAUCGCAGGGUCUGGGUAUCGCACAAGCUGCCCUGGAGCUGGCUGUGGACUAUGCCAUGAAGAGGGAGGCGUUCGGAUCUCCUAUUGCCAAAAUGCAGUCGGUCCAGAACAAGCUGGCAGACAUGCACAUAAGUGUGGAGAGUGCACGACUGCUCACGUGGAAGGCUGCUGCGUACAAGGAUGCAGGCAAGAACUACAUCAAGGAAGCUGCUAUGGCCAAACUAGCUGCAUCAGAAGCUGCUACAUUCUGUGCACAUCAGUGCAUACAGGUACUAGGAGGGAUGGGUUACGUGACGGAUAUGCCGGCGGAAAGGUACUACCGAGAUGCGCGCAUCACUGAGAUCUACGAGGGUACGAGCGAGGUCCAGAGGCUGGUCAUCGCGGGAAGACUUCUGAAAGAAUAUGCUGACAUCACCAGUUGGUGACCUCACAGUGACCUCCAACAAUCGUCCUCUGGAUCAUCAAAAAAAUUGGACUUUUCAACUGACCCACCAGGGUUCUAGCCAGCAGAAAUUUGCCUCUGGGGACGGACAAAAAUUUUGCCAAUUCUAUCCUCUGCGACAGACAAAAAACAGCAUGUAAAGAUAUUAAAUGAACAAAGCUCAGUCUACCAGCAAAAUAGGCCCCUUAUAAUGAAGGAAAUAGCAUUUCAGAAGGUCAAGAUUUAAAAUUUUCCAGGGGGAGCAUGCCCCCGGAACCCCAUGGGAUUGUCACACCUUCGACAGGAUUUCUAUUUAAAAUCCACCGGGUGAUGGAAAAAAAUUCAAGCUGGCUAGAACACAGUGAUCCUCUCCAUUCUUUGUCAUGGAAUGAGCAGUCCACUGCUUCUGUAACAUUAUGUUAUGCAGAUAAAACACGUUAUUUGGUGAGCAGGGGAUCAUAAGAAAGUCUAUGGUGGCCUACCUUAAUUUGGUAAAGGAGACUUGAGUGUCCAGGUGACUGUACUGGUACAUGACUGUAUGUGUUGUGAAACUUCUGACUGAGGUUGUUAAACUUAGGCUUUUGUGUUCAAGGAAUGUAGUCUAACAUAACAUGAUGUCACAAAGGUUGUAGAUUGCACAUUCCUUGACAAAGACUGGAUUAGUCAGUUGAAAAUUCCCAUAUUUUUGUGUUGAAAGUUAUUUUUCAACUUUGAUCUAGGCUUUAGCUUUUAUCAACACAAAUGAACUUCCAACUCUUCAAGCACAGUUUACAUUGUACAAUUGAGAAGCCAUUGAUGUGAACUUAUUGUAGAGAAAUAUACUAGUUAUAGAUAUGUUUUGCAUAAUAUUAUCUGAUCUCGGGUAAAAAUGUCUUGAUGUGAAAUUUGUCAGAUGUGGAUGUCUGUGAAAUGUAUAAACAGGGUUUCCAAAGAAUGUAUCAUUCUAUAUGUACAGUUAACAUGUGCUAGGCUGCUAGCCUAUGUAGCUAUAGACCCAUUUCCACUACGAUUCUGAUAUUGAGUUUUUGCGAUCACUGUAUUUGAUUGUAAGUAAGGCCAUGUUGAUUUGAUUAUAUGGAACAAAAUCCUUGGGAACUAUUUCGUGGCUUCCAGAACUAUUUUGUGACUUCAUUGUGAAAUCCAAGCUGCCAGGAAGGUUGAAAACAAAUGACUAGAAACACAGAGUAUGGUAUACACAACAAUACAGUCUUCAUUUUUGUUC